AUGAAGAAGAAAGAAGCGGCUCGUUCGGACGGCGGCGCAGGUAGAAGUGAGAACAGCCCGUCAUCACAGCUGAACUCCCCAGAGCUCUGGGGUUCCUCGGUUCGGCCACCAGGUUCCCCGGUUCGGUUCCUCAAAAUUGAAUUAUUCAGAUUAAAUCUGAAUAAUCUGUUUCUGUCCCAGUUUGAGCUUCAGGUGGACGACUGUCUGCUCCGUGGAGACUCGUCUCUACUCGUUUCUCUGCUUCACUAUGAAGGACUGACCAGCUCCACCCUCACCAGGCUGCACCUCCUGGUUACCAAGGAGCUGCGCAGCAGGGCGUUCUGCAGGGUUCUGGUCGUGUUGAAAUCUGUAUCGAUUCUGUCGGAGAACAAGGAAGACCUGGAGACUCUGGUCAACCUCGGCCUGACUGCUAAGGUGAUGCUAUGGUUCGAAGCUGUUCACGACUUGCUGACCUCCGACCUCCAAGAAGGCUCCACCACCCUGAUGGCCCUCACAGAGGAGUUCUUUGACUACUUCCUGCUCCUGGCCCAGGCGUCUCCUCCAGCUGCCCAGCUGUCCGUGCUGCUGCUUCACCUGGCUCACCUGGCUCUGGAGGCCGGAGUUCACUUCCCUCUGCGACUGGAGGCCAUCAGAACCUUCAACAGCAUCCUGGAGUCCCUGAGCAGGCAGCAGAGGAGGCUGAUCCAGAACGACCAGAACCAGAACCUGACUCAGCUGGCAGCUGCUGUUGUGACGGUUGGAGACUACGAGUUUCAGGUCAGCCUCUUGGAGGCGCUGUGUCGCCUUACGCCGCGCAGAGAGCGUGAGCAGAGAGCCAAUCAGUGGUUCGACAGCAGUGACAUCAGAUCCACCUUCUGUGACAUCAGAGAUGCCGACUUUGAGGUGGACUGCAGACGCUUCCUGAACUUCAUUAACUGUUGCCAUGGAGACCAGAGGAGAGUGUACAGCUUCCCCUGCCUGAGGGCCUUCCUCAGCUCCACGCAGUUGUUCCGACCCAAAGAUGAAAAAUUGGACAAGUUCUGGAUUGAUUUCAACGUGGGUUCGGGAUGUGUGAGCUUUUUCAUCGAUGACUGUCAGGGUUUUCUCUGGGGGUCCAUCCACCUGCAGAUGGAGGACGUGGAUUAUUACAGUCUGAAGUUCAAACAAAACGAGACGGUCCUCUGUGUCAGGCUGACCAAUCCCAUCAUGCACCUGAACACCAGAAGUUACGUGGUGGAGCUGACCUUUGACCCUGAACACCAGCAAGAGCUGGAGGAGGCCGCAGGGAGAGUCUUCAAUAAACAGGCGAGUCCAUCCGGCGCCGGAGGAGCGGUCCAGACCUCGCCCUCUGCAGACACGCACACGGCUCGGUUCUACAGCCGCAAGAAGCCGCCAAGCAAGAGUCAGCUGAAGAUUCUACCGCUGUCGUCUCCAAGCAGCGAGGACGAGUCCACCUCACUGAAGCCUAUGGCUUCAAACCGAGCCGAAGUUCUGUUUGACCAGAUCGUUCACUCCACUCCUAAGUUCAGCAGUCGGUCAGAGCAACCCGGCGCUGAGCGGGGCUGGUCUUUUGGUCCAUCAGAGAGAAUCUCUCCAGUUUCUGGUUCAGCUGCUUUCCAGCCACCGUUGGAUCCGCCUGAUGGAGCCGACGAUUCAGAAGUUCACCUGUCGAACCUGGAAGAGCCCCCAUCAGGUGACCUGCAGGGGGCGGAGCUUCAGACGAUGCAGCACCUGACAGAGGGACUUGAAGAAGGAAGCAGCUCUCCCUCUAACAAGGAAAACCUGAGGAAAAGAGAAGCUGCAGAUUCAGGCUACCUGUCAGACCAGGCCGAGGGCGUCACCGCCUCCAAGAGGAAGGCGGAGCCUCUGCAGGACUGGGCGGAGUCUGAGUUGCCAAUGAAAGCAGAGGGGGCGGAGCUAGCAGUGGAGGAGGAUCUUCAGAGUGAGGGGGCGAAGCAGAAGGCGGAGCCAGAGUCACACCUGACAUCUGACAUCACUGCUGCGUUCAAGUCCUUCAAAGCCCAGCUGGAGCAGCGCUUCACCGGCUGCUGGCAGGAGGUCCAAGCUGAGGUUCUCGGGUCCCUGAGGGACUGUCAGCAGCACGUGUCCUCACUGCUCACGGCUGUCCACCAGCACAGGUUGUCGUUGCUGCAGCGGUUUGAAAGCAGUGUAACGGAUCAUCUGAAGCAGCUGGAGGAGAACUCCAUCAGUCUGAACUCCAUGGACUCUGAGAUUCUGACGUUCUUCCACUCUGAGAUGGAGCAGCUCAGUUCGUUCUGUCAAGAACAUCUAAAGAAGUUGAAGAAUCUCGACUCCGACCAGCUGAGGACGAAACAUUCAACCAACCGUUGAAGAAGCCGCCAUCGACGGGAGAAGGAGGAGGAUCAGGAGGAGGAGGAGGAGGAGGAGGAGGAGGAUCAGGAGGAGGAGGAGGAGAACCUCCUGGAUCUUUUUGUAUCUGAUAAAUUUUCUCUUCUGAUAAAAACGAUUAAAGGCUGAAACUAAAUACUGCGUGAUGUUGAUGCUGGUGCCAGUUUCCAUGGUGAUGUUGGUUGCUGAUGCUGGUUGCCGUGGUGAUGCGUGGCGUAGUGGCUACAGCCGACCACCAGAGGGAGAGCUGGUCUCUGCAGCGGAGGGGAGCCUCCAUCAGGCCGUACCAACACCCUGACAGCAGGGGGCAGCAGCACCGCAGGCUGACCCGGCAGAACCAAACCGGACUGGUUUUCAUCAGAACCCACAGGACACGCUGUGGACAGCGGAGAUGUCCACAGCGUGUCCUGCCAGACUCCGUGGCUCAGGAACCUGCUGGUGACCUGUGCAGGACAUGAGGACGC